GAUGAUGCCCCUUUAGCGACCUAUUAAUAGACAUUCUUUAUUUGUUUCCUUGUCCACAGGUUAAAAGAUGUCAGGCCUUACUUUAGAGAAAUUUGAAUGUGACGGUGAAGCGGGGUCGGUUGGAGCUAGGUGGGAACGGUGGAAAAGAGGUCUAUAUAUUUACCUGGAAGCUGCUGACGUUAUCUCUAGUAGUAAAAAACGCGCUAGUCUCUUGCAUUGGGGUGGACAAGAACUUCAAGAAAUACUGUUUAAUAUACCGGGUGGCUAUGUUGCACUGACCGAAGAUGACGGUCACGACAUAGACGUAUUUGAAGUAUCAAUAAAAAAAUUAGAUGAAUAUUUUGCACCGAAACAAAAUAAACGGUAUGAGAGACACUUAUUCAGACAAAUGAAACAGGAAGAGAACGAGAAGUUUGAAAAAUAUUUGGUUCGACUAAGGCAACAAGCCUUGAAAUGUCAAUUUACAGAUGUGGAUGACUGUCUGAUCGAUCAGAUAAUUGAAAAGUGCUCAUCGGAAGAGCUUAGGAAGAAAGUACUUCGUGCAGGAGAAAAAAUUACCUUAACUGAAGUGAUAACUGAAGCAAAUACAUUAGAGGUGGUGGAGCGUCAAUUAGGAGACUUCAGCCAGAAAGGAAAGGAUCAAGCAGUUAAUAGAAUUGAUACACAAUUGAAGGAAAAAACAUACAUAAAUAGAAGUAAAAAGGAAUGUUAUCGAUGUGGCAGCUGGAAUCACCUGGCCUAUGAUGCGAAAUGUCCAGCUAAAGGAAAAUUGUGUAAUAAAUGCAAGAAGGUAGGGCAUUUUCAGGCUCAGUGUAAGAGUGCAAGUCUAAAACGAAGAAGUGAAGAUGGCAAAGCUGAAAAUGGUGUAAAUGCGAAAAAAUUUAAGAAGUCAAGCCAAAAAGUUGGAGACAUUAAGCAGACAAAUGCUAUAGAAGAUAAAAUUGAUUAUGUUUUUAAUGUUCUUCAUAAUGAUACACUCACUUGUUUAGUAGGUGGAAUUGAAAUAGAGAUGCUAAUUGAUUCAGGGUGUCAGCAUAACUUAAUAACAGACACGACGUGGUUGAAAAUUAAGGAAAAAAUUUUGAUGACAGGAGAAGAAGUAAAAAAUCCAGGAAAGACGUUUGUCGCUUAUGGCAGCGAAAUACCUCUCAAGUUAUUAACAUCUUUUAAUGCCGAUAUUCGUGUUAGAUCAACAACAAAAAACGCUACCUUCUAUGUAAUAGAUAAAGGAACACGUAAUUUAUUGGGUAAAACAACGGCAAUAGCUUUAGGCGUAUUAAAACUUGGACUAGACAUAAAUCAAGUCGAAACAAAGCCUUUCCCUAAAUUCAAAAACAUUCAAAUACAGAUACCAAUCAAUAGUAAUGUUAAUCCAGUAGCACAACCUUACAGAAGAAUACCAAUUCCAUUGGAAGAAAAAAUUAAUUCAAAGAUAGACGAACUACUUCAAAGGGACAUUAUAGAAAAAGUAGAAGGACCGUCUGAAUGGGUAUCACCGGUAGUGCCGAUUCUAAAAGCAGAUGGGGAUGUUCGUCUUUGCAUUGAUAUGAGACGGGCAAAUUUAGCCAUCAAGCGAGAAAAUCACCCACUGCCAACCAUGGACCAGCUACUGCCAAAGAUUCAAAAUGCUCAAAUGUUUAGUAAAUUAGAUAUAAAAGAUGCGUUUCAUCAAUUGGAGCUUGUAACCGACUCCAGACACAUUACAACAUUUAUAUCUGGUAAAGGAUUGUAUCGGUUUAAGCGGCUCAUGUUUGGAAUUACCUGUGCGCCUGAGAUGUUUCAGAAAACACUUGAAAGAGUGCUAAUCGAAUGUGAAGGAGUAGUCAACUUCAUUGAUGACAUUUUGGUCUAUGGCAAGGACAAACAAGAACAUGAUAAACGUUUAAAAAAAGUGUUAGAAACACUGAAGUCAAAUGACGUAAUGUUAAGACAAGAUAAAUGCAUUUAUGGAACAACUAAAGUUCAAUUUCUAGGACAUGAGUUGUCAGAUCAAGGAAUCCGACCGCUAGAUAAAUAUUUAUUGGCUAUAAAAGAUUUUAGAACCCCCAUCAACAUUUCGGAAUUACAGAGUUUUUUAGGGCUCAUUAACUAUAUUGGGAAAUGGAUUCCUAAUAUGGCCACCCUUACAGAACCACUCAAGCAAUUGCUUCGCAAAAAAUCAGCCAGGAAUGCUGAUAUUAAGGAUUCUUGGGGAGAAAGUCAACAAACAGCCUUUUGUGCUCUAAAGGCUGCUUUGUGUGACAUACCAAAUUUGGGAUAUUACAACGUGAAUGAUAAAACGAUGGUAUUUGCCGAUGCAAGUCCAGUCGGACUCGGAGCCAUCUUAGUGCAGGCAAAUGGGAGUGGUCCACGCAUUAUUGGGUUUGGAAACAAGACCCUAAGUGAUUGUGAACGUCGGUAUUGUCAAACCGAGAAGGAAGCUUUGGCACUGGUGUGGGCCGUAGAACACUUCCACAUGUUUCUGUACGGCAAGGAAUUCGACUUAAUCACUGACCAUAAACCUCUCGAGGUUAUAUUCGGCCCAAAGUCCAAACCUUGUGCACGGAUUGAGCGUUGGAUACUGAGACUCCAAUCCUACAAGUACAAUGUCGUUUAUCGUCCUGGGAAAAAUAAUAUAGCCGAUCCCUUAUCUAGACUGUGUACUUUUAGCCACGAUAAGGGUCAGUACAGAGACUACGUACAGGAUAUUAUUGACUAUGCUAGACCAAUUGCCGUGUCGCUAAAAGACAUUGAAGAACAUUCAAGGAUUGACGAUAACAUACAAAAAGUAAAACAGGGUAUAUUUAACAAAAAAUGGGACGAUGCAGUAAAGAGUUAUAAGCUAUUUCAGAACGAACUAUGUUUCUUUGGGGAUAUACUACUUAGAGGUACUAAAAUAGUUAUCCCGAUACAAUUGCGACGACUUGUUUUAGAUGCUGCUCACGAGGGCCACCCUGGAAUAGUAGCAAUGAAGUUGAGGCUUAGAGCGAAAGUUUGGUGGCCCAACUAUGACAAGGACGUGGAAAACUUAGUUCGCUCCUGCAAAGGAUGCACACUCGUAUCGGCACCAAAUCCACCACACCCUCUCAAGAGAAGAGAAUUACCUACUCAAUCGUGGGUUGAUAUUGCUAUAGAUCUUUUGGGCCCGUUACCAAGCGGUGACUAUCUUUUCGUUGUAAUCGAUUAUUAUUCCAGGUACAAAGAGAUCAAAGCAUGUCGAGACAUAAGCAGCCAAGAAAUGAUUCGCUUACUUAAAGACAUUUUUAGCCGUUUAGGACAUCCGGUUUCCAUAACUUCCGAUAAUGGUAAACAAUUUGUUAGUGCAGACUUCAGGGCUUAUUGUCGGGAAAAUGAUAUUAAACUAUUUAACUCAAUACCUUACUGGCCGCAACAGAAUGGUGAAGUGGAGCGACAAAAUAGAGAUAUCAUUAAACGUCUCAAAAUAUGCCAAGUAGAGAAAAAGUGUUGGAAAGAAGCAUUGAUUGAGUAUUUGACUAUGUACAAUAGCACCCCACAUAGUGUGACUGGAAAGACACCGGCAGAGUUAUUUUUCCAAAGAAAAUUUCGAGACAAGAUUCCAAUGAUAGAUAUCGCAGAACAAAGUUUUGGAGACGAGGAUAUGAGGGACAAAGAUAAAGAAAGAAAAGAAAAAGGAAGAGAGUAUACAGAUAAAAAAAGAAGAGCACGAAAUAUUGACAUAGAAGUGGGAGAUAAAGUAUAUGUAAAGAAUGCUAAUAAAACAAAUAAGCUGAGUCCUAAUUUUGAUUCAACCAAGCACACCGUUAAGUCUAAAAAAGGGGGAGAUGUGGAAGUACAGAACGACAAAACAGGACAACAACUAAGACGCAACAUAGUACAUUUAAAAAAAGUGGAAGGAGAGUGGAAAUCUGUGAACAAAGCAAUUGAUCGAAAUAGUUUAGAAAAGACAGUAGAAGACAGUUCUGAAGAAGAGAUUGAUAAUCAGGAUCAAGAAGACCAUGAAUAA